UGGCUUCCACGCACUUGUUGUAUCAACUUAUAUAGUAAUUCCCACGGCUGAUGAUAUCCUUCUUUCUAUCAAUUUUCUUGUGAGGCUUCCAAAAUGGAACAAAAUGACAGCGGCACAGCUGUCAACAUGGUCUUCCGACGUGGUUAUGUGCCGCUCUCGGAAAUGCCAACGACAGCGAAACAGCAAACUGGAAUUGCGAUUAUUUUUCUCAUGACCUCUCUUGCUUUCGUCACAUGGGGUGCCCGCAUGUACUCCAGAUUCAGUAAGAAGCAAAUUGGUAUCGAUGAUUGGCUCGUCACGGUCGCAAUGCUAUUCUCUAUCGGCCUACAUGUUCCAUAUUACUACUUCUUGCGAUACAAUUAUGUCGGCUUCUAUACCAAAGAUCUCCCAAAGUCGUAUAAUGUCGAGCCUGUUUUAUUUUAUAACUGGAUAAUGCAGGUCCUUUAUAACCCUAUCCUGGCACUUAUUAAGUCAUCAGUUCUUUUCUUCCUUCUUCGCCUUGGGGGCCAUAAUCGCAGUAUUAAAUGGACCAUCUAUGGCCUGAAUGCAUUUAAUAUCGCGCUGAUGAUUGCAAUCUUCUUAACCGUGGUAUUCCAAACCAUUCCCAUUAAUGCUUUUUGGGACCUAUCUAUAAAGCCAGAACGUCAGAUUAAUGGACCAGCGUUCUAUAUCUCAUCAGCCAUUAUCACAAUCAUUACAGAUAUUCUUGUUCUUUUGAUUCCAUUUUGGAUUUUCUUGGGUCUCAAGAUGCGGGUCGCUGCAAAGCUGGGUUUGAUUAUGGUAUUUCUUAUGGGCGGCGUAGUGACUAUUGUCGCUAUUCUUCGUGUGAUCGAACUGUACAAGAAGUUUUACAUCAAAGGAUAUGACUCAAGGCACUCGCUGGGUGAUACUCUGAGCAGUAUCGAAGUCAAUCUCGCUAUUAUGGCUUGUUGCGGUCCAGCUCUGCGUCCACUGUUUCGCAAAAUGUUUCCUCGUCUAUUUUCUGGAACAAGUACUAAUGACGCUGGAAAGUAUAACACACCAAGUGCCUAUGGAAAUAGUAGCCGCCAUGGAGCCGGUACUGCUGGAGUCACGUCGUUUCAUCUAAAGGAUAUGCAUCGAAGCAGAACACAGACUGAGAUUCGUGGAUACUCACCUAAUGGAAGUGAGGAGGAGAUUAUGACAUACAAUGGCAUCCUCCGGACGACUGCUGUGGAUGUCAAAUAUGACGAGUCACAUUCGAUAGACAGACACUAAUAGGGAGGUUAAAGGCUUGAGAGAUCUUGUACUACCUUGAAUAGCAGAGGGAAAAACAGCCUAGAGUCUGGGUAGUUAGAGCAUUACAAGGUAUAUAUAGAUGUUAACUGGCAUAUAAUUGUAUUUUUAUUACGCCUCAGGAUUAAAGACCCGACCAGCAAUCUAUGGGUUCUUUAAGUUGAAAAACCUGUGAACCUAAGUAGGGUUAAGGUUGCAGGCUAAUUACAGGAUAUAGAUGUGCCACAGUAAAUAAAGGAGGACCCCUAUGUUAUAA